AUGGCAACGUUUUCAAGGACAACUUUCGACGCAGCGGCGUACUUGGCUUUCCGGCCGUCGUAUCCUCGAUGGGUGCACGACAAGGUGCUGCUCUACCACUUUGGUCCCCGCCCCAACGGCAAGUCCUCCCUAGCCCUGGACUUGGGCUGCGGACCUGGGAUUUCAACUAUCUCGUUGCUGCCCCACUUUGAUAGAGUUAUCGGUUUGGAUCCUUCGGCAAAGAUGGUCGAUGCAGCAAUCACUCCUACCACCCCGAAUCUCCCGCGCCAUCUCAUCCCCAACAUUGCCGAUGGCAAAAAGGGGAAGCUAGGCAAGGUCGAAUACCGACAAGGCUAUUCGGAGGAGUUGGGAUUCCUGGAGGAUGGGAGUGUGGAUCUGGUGACGGCGGGGCAGGCGGCGCAUUGGUUUGACUAUCCCAAGUUCUGGCGCGAAAUCACCCGAGUCUUGCGGCCUGGAGGAAGUGUUUGUCUCUACGGAUACCCCGACUUUUUCCUACCCGACUUUCCCUCAACACGAUCGCUGCUCAAUCGCUUUUCGCUUCGAGACGGACAGGCUCCGCCAUCUCCGCAUCCACAGGGGGCAGAGGUGGAUUCGAUUGGCGAGUACUGGGAGCAACCCGGCCGAUCGAUCGUCAACCAAGGCCUUUCGCCCAUCCCCUUCCCCACAACAUACCCGGACGUCGCCGCGCACUGGAACGCUGCCUCGGCAUUCAAAAGAACCUUCUCCACCGAGGGACUUCCCCAGGACCAAAUCUGGCCCGAAUGGCCUCCCCUCACCUCCACCCCCCUCACCGCCCAGCUGGACGAGAAAGUGAAGAGCGAGUUUGUGGGUGAGCAGAACGACGCCACGAUGGAUAAAAUGCUCACGUGGAGCCAGCUCGCGAGCUAUUUGAGGACGUGGAGCGCCGCACACACCUACCUCGCCCAACACAACCACAAGGAUGACCAGGGCAGGGACGUCGUAGAUCGGUUCGUACAAAGGUUGAAGGAAGAGGUGCAGAGGGAGAAUGGCGGAAAGGAGGUGGAAGAGCUGCACUUGAGGUGGCCGCUGUGCUUCGUCAUGAUCAAGAAGAUCGACGCCUAG